AUGAAUCAUUCCCAGGACAUAGGCCCUGGAGGCAUGCCUGAAGACAGAAAACUUUAUAUUGUGGAUUCCAUAAACGACUUAAACAAACUUAACCUCUGUCCUGCGGGAUCACAGCACCUGUUCUCCCUUGAGGAGAAAAUCCCGGAUGUUGGCACUAACUCAGGAAACGGAAGUCAUAGUCUGUUUUUUAUGGGGCUGAUAAUUGUGCUGAUUGUCAGCCUGGCACUGGUUUCCUUCGUGAUUUUUCUAAUAGUUCAAACUGGAAACAAGAUGGAUGACGUGUCAAGAAGACUAACAGCUGAGGGAAAGGACAUAGACGAUCUUAAGAAAAUCAACAGCCUGAUUGUAAAGCGACUCAAUCAACUGGACGCUGAACAAAACUAA